AUGGCCACCUCCAAAAACGUCGUCUUCGACGUCGUCGGCACCCUCAUCGGCUACGACGCGCUCUUCACCGCAAUCGAUACACGCCUCGGUGACCGGCUGCGCGCAGAGGGCAUAAAACCCUCAUUGCUCGGCUACACCUGGAUCGAGGUCGCCGAGCGCGAAUACACCUACCUCAGCAUGUCCGGCGCCUACAAGCCCUUUGCAACGGUCUUCCGCGCCCUCUUCCACCGCAUGCUCUGGAUGGCCGGGAUCAAAGAGCCGCGAGACUUUGCAUCAGAGGCCGAUCUCGAGUUCAUUAUGACCGAGUAUGCUGGCCUGAAGUUACGUCCCGGCGCCGCGGAGUGUCUAGCCAAACUCCGCAAUGCGGGGUUUACGGUGUGGUGCUUUACCGCGGGGGAUUUGGAGAGGGUUGGUGGGUAUUUCGCGCGCGAGGGGGUUGAGAUGCCCAAGGAGAACUUGUUGAGCUGUGAUGACCGGGGAAUUGGCAAGCCGGAUCCCGAGGCGUAUAAGCCGCUUCUGGAGAAGUUGGUUAGUGAGAAUGGGGGCAAGACACCGUGGUUUGCAGCUGGGCACAUGUGGGAUGUUUCGGCGGCGAGGAGGGCUGGAUUCCGAGGCGCGUAUACGGCGAUUUGGGAGAAGGAACCGUUGACGGAGCUGUUUGGCGAGAUGGAUGUCAUUGACGACACGUUGCCGGGCAUGGCGGACAAGAUUAUUGCGCACCAGGCCUCGCAUGAGUAA